GGUUGGGGGAAUGAAAUGGCGGCUGGCAGCUGAAAACAACAGCACUAGUAGGAAGUGAACAGUCACAGCCUUGAACACAGGGACGUGAGCCACAGAACCCGUUGGAGGCCAUGGCUGAUGCGGAGAAGAUAAAGCAAACUGCAGCCAAGGUGCUGGGCUGCGUGGAGAAGGUCUCCUCCUUCGCCUCCUCCAUCGACCCCCUCUUCGGCAUCGUCAGCACCAUGGUGGGAGUGGCGCGCAAGGGCCUGGUGGGCGAGGAGGCCCACGCCCUGGACAAGGACUUCCGCGAGAUCCACAGCAAGCUGGAGAGCAUCUCGGAGAAGAACCGGCAGACCCUGCGGCAGAUCCGCAUCGACGAGGUCAACGAGACCUUCGGCAAGUACGAGGAGUACAUCAAGCACCAGUACAGCGCCUUCAACACCAUGGUGGAGCAGGUGAAGAAGGACCCCGUGGGCGCUCGCCGCCACAUGGAGGAAUUUGAGAGGAUCUACGAGCGGGACAAGUCCGACCUCAGCUUGGACGUCUACUACCGGGGAGUGAUGGGUUCCGGGGCCCUCUUCGGCAGACCCUUGCUGAAGGUCUACCUGGAGCAUUGCGAGGGCAACCGCAAGGUGAUGGAGCACAGGUGCUCCCAUCUGGCCCACCUUUUCCACAUCGGCCUGAUCGCCCUCAUGGCCUACACUGCCGUCACUGAGGAUGAUGAGGACGAGGUCAGGGAGAAGUGGGCCCAGAGGGUGGCGGACAUCCAGGACAAAAUACAGGAGGCUUUGAGUCAGUGCAAAGAGAGCGGGGUGGCUGAAUCGGAGUAGCCUGUUCCAGAGAGAGAGGGGGAGAGUGCGAGAGAGAGAGAAAGAGAGGGAAUGAGGGUGGCAGCUUAUAUAUACCUAUUGUGUGCAAACUGUAAAUUUCAUGGAAGGAACCCCCUGCCUUUUUCAAAGACAAGGUUCAGACAAUCAAAAAGGAAUGAUGAAAAUCAAGAAAGGAAUAAUGAAACCAAAGCCACUGAGGUGGUGGGUAGUUCUCUCCAUGAAAAUAGAGGUCCAAAUUGCAAUGCUGUCUAUUUAUAUUGAUGUAUGCCAUGUCUGUUAAGACUUCUCUGCUGAUCAUAUAUAUUUUUUUCAAAACAGUACUGAUACAGUAUAGUUUGCUGUAAAGCGUGAUUGAAUGUUUGCCUCAUAAUCACUUUGUUCUGUUCAAACGUGGUGCAUUUAUGCUUUGACAGACUUGCCUUGUUUGGCUGAUGUCCUCUUUUGUAUCUUCAAUAAAUUGAAC